UUGAAGCCUCGCUGACUUUUAAAAGUGGUCAAUGUGCGUUAGAAAAGCGCCCUGACGGCCACUCACUAGUUAAGUAGACUUUAGAGCAUCACCGUAAAUAAAUGAAGUCGGAAUAGGCACUCAGCCAGAAGAAAGAAGAAGGAUACAGCCCGCUUCACUUCGCGUUAAAUUGAAUUUACGUCACCCGCAUCACUUUUUAUCUGAUGGGAAUCCUGAAAUCAGCCAUGUUGGGCAGGGUUGUCAUGAGCAAAGGCGUCACCGCCCAUCGCCUCAGUAAGAAUGUCACUUUCUACAUGAACGAAUUGGCUCCUCCAGUCUCACUGAGUCCGACCCAAGUCUCCAAGGACCAUAAACCCCUCAUGCUCAUGCUGCCCUGGUUGGGUUCACGUCCUCAAGCUGUGGGCAAAUACUGUGAAAUCUACUUCCGCACCGGCUAUGAUGUGCUUGUAGUAGAGAGCGAGGUGCAAGAGUUCCUGUGGCCCCGCUGGGGUCUGGAAAAUGGAAAGAGGUUGCUGGAGUUGCUCCAGAGUGAACGCUUUGUGUCCCGCCCACUGCUCGUCCACGCCUUCUCCAUUGGUGGCUACACAUUUGCUCAGCUGCUGGUACAUCUGUCCCAGGACACAAAUAAAUACCAGGCGCUCACGCAGAGGAUCAAAGGCCAAAUCUAUGAUAGUCUUGUGGUGGGUUCGGUGGAGACGAUGGCCACAGGUCUAGCUAAAACUGUAUUUCCACGUGGGGAGACUCUGGUACGACAAAUAAGCCUGUUAUACUUUCACAUGUUCAGACGCCAGACGGUGGAUUAUUUUAACACGAGCAUUGAGGCUUUCUGGAACUCUCCCGUCACUGCUCCCGCGCUGUUCUUCUUUUGCGAGAACGAUUUAUUGAGCAACCCACGAGCCGUGGAGGAGCUGAUUGAUCACUGGCGGAAGCGUGGGAUAGACCUCACGGCAAAGAAGUGGGAGGACUCGACCCACGCAGGUCACCUAAAGAGGCACCAAAAGGAGUAUCUGACCACCCUCGAGAUGUUCCUCCACUCGCUCCACCUCUCCCCUCUGAAGGCCAAGAUGUAAGAUGAUGUCAUUACAACACAAACCAUAUUCGCGGGUCAUGUUUAGUUGGAUCCAAAAAUAUGUAUUAGCCUACGAUGUGUUGCGAUUAUCAGAAUGUUUAAAUUCAUGGCUCACAAAUCCUUUCAGGUCAACUCAUCAGAAUGGAACGACUGAACUGAACACACAUCUGUUUUAAAAUAUUUUGUUGAGUGACAUUUUUUUGGCUGCCUGGAUCUUAGUGAGUUUGUUCGAGAAGAGGCGGUCCUGCACAGAAUCGAGUACCGGCGUCCGACGCCCAAUGCAUGCUGGUUGGGUUUGUGUCGGCCCUGCUCUGGCGUCAUGCGUGAUCAACGAUAACCUCACGAGAGCGCAGAGCUGCAGAUGGUAGAGCCAGGCGCCGCAGUAGCACGACACAGAUUACGUGACCCAAUGCAUGAUGGGAAACGCCUGGCUUUUGCCAGAUCAGAGAGCUGAUUGGUUAUUAUAUUUGUAUAAAAUCCUGUUUCACUGUAGUUGUGAUGCUUAACGUGCACUCGUUGGCCGUUGGUCUCAAUAUAAAAAAGGAUGCAGCGACACAUACAGUUCUUAUUAAAUAGAUAUUUAUAAACCUAUGAAUGAAGUCUGUAAAGUACAAGUAGCCUACCGAUCAUAUGUAACAGGAUGUAACUGUCAGACUGCAGUUUCUUGCCAACGCUCCCUGCUGCCGCCGCCGGCUCCACUUUCCUGCAGCUCAUCUCGAACAAACCUAAUACUAAAUCCGCCCCAUUUGAAUUGUACAGUAUAGCAGACGAUGAAGGAUUGUGCCGUUUCUGUGGGUGUCUUUCCAGUGCUUUUUACCCGUAUGUGUCGAUCUCGGACACAGUGCUGUUUGUUACAUGAAUUGUUGAGAUAUGUUUGCCCUUCCCUUUACUGAUGGAUUGUGCUCUCAUCUCAUGAAGUAAACAUACUAAUUUGCUACUCUGAGGCAGUUGCUCAUUUCCGGUGGGCAGUUUUGCACCGUGACAGUGAUCACAGGGACAUGUUGCUUGAGAAACCUGUUGAAGCCAUGAUGGAGGGAACAAAGAUGCAUCAAAUUUAAUUUACUUGAAUUAAAAUGGGGCGAAUGCAAAGUGGUGUGGAGACACACCGGUCUGAGGAAAUGAAGGAGGUGGAGGAAGGGUAUUUUGCAGGGAGACCUGAGGGAUUGUUUGUUUGACAGCUUCAUGAGGCAAAGAAUGGAACGAAGAAGCCUAAACGAGGUUAUAACACUAGUAAGUUAAGGAAUUUAUGGUACCUUCUCUUCAAAAUGUGUGAAAUAUGUUGCAAAUUGCUUCCAGAAGCCUUCGUGCGUGCACUAUUUUCUACUUUCUCGAAGCAAAAACAUAAUUUGGUCGCUGCACAAUCUCAUAUUUACACAAACGACUGCAUGGAUGGGACUUGAUUCUUCUGAUGGUGUCCUGCUGCAUAGGAGAAUGUCUGUUUCUACAACAAAUAACACGUUGACGAAACCAAACCAAAACAACAGUGUUGAGACAAAGACGGCCUCGUCGGUGUGUCAGUGGUAAACCUCAAUGUGGCAGCGCUGUUACAAACUACCAAAGGACGAAGUGACGGGUUAGACUUGUUCUAACCUUUUACAUUAAGGAAAUGUCUGUUAUUGAACAUGUGCCUAUACUAUUGUAAUAAUGUGUCUCAUUACUUGAACAUUUUAACAUUUCUUAUUUGUGCAAUAAAAUUGUUAACAUUU